CGCGCCGCGGCGAAGUCCUGCCCUAGGCCUCUCUGGCCCUCUGGAGGACUUGCCGUCUGUGUCCGGCGGCGCCGGGCGGCGGUGGGCGGGUCUGACGUGCGGCGUGAAGAGCCAAGCGAGUGGGCUGCCUGGUCCGGGCUGUUUUAGGCUCCAGUGUUUUGGCGAUGGGGUUGCGGGAGAUGUGGAGGCUCAUGUCGAGGUUUAAUUCAUCCAAAAGGACUAAUAUCAUACUACAGCAUUUGAGAAUGUCUAAGCACACAGAUGCAACAGCAGAAGUCCUAUUGGAAAGAAAAGGUUGUGCAGGAGUGAUAACACUAAACAGACCAAAGUUCCUAAAUGCACUGAAUCUUAGUAUGAUUCGGCAGAUUUAUCCACAGCUAAAGAAGUGGGAACAAGAUCCGGAAGCUUUCCUGAUCAUCAUAAAGGGAGCUGGUGGAAAGGCUUUCUGUGCUGGAGGUGAUAUCAGAGUGAUCUCAGAAGCUAGAAAGGCAAAUCAGAAGAUAGCUCAAGAUUUCUUCAGAGAAGAAUAUAUGCUGAACAAUGCUAUUGAUUCUUGCCAGAAACCAUAUAUUGCACUUAUUCAUGGAAUUACAAUGGGUGGGGGAGUUGGUCUCUCAGUUCAUGGGCAAUUCCGAGUGGCUACUGAAAAGUCUCUUUUUGCAAUGCCAGAAACAGCAAUAGGGCUAUUCCCUGAUGUGGGUGGAGGUUAUUUCUUGCCACGACUUCAAGGAAAACUUGGGUGCUUCCUUGCAUUAACAGGAUUCAGGCUGAAAGGAAGAGAUGUGUAUGCAGCAGGAAUUGCUACACACUUUGUAGAUUCUGAAAAGUUGGGCAUGUUAGAAGAAGAUUUGUUAGCCCUGAAAUCUCCUUCAAAAGAAAAUAUUGCAGAUGUCUUAGAAACUUACCAUGCAAAGUCCAAGAUUGAUCAAGACAAGUCUUUUAUACUUGAGGAACACAUGGACAAAAUAAACAGUUGGUUCUCAGCCAAUACUAUGGAACAGAUUAUUGAAAAUUUACAGCAAGAUGGUUCAUCUUUUGCCCUAGAGCAGUUGAAGGUAAUUAAUAAAAUGUCUCCAACAUCCCUAAAGAUCACACUAAGGCAACUCAUGGAGGGGUCUUCCAAGACCUUGCAGGAAGUAUUAACUAUGGAAUAUCGGCUGAGUCAAGCUUGUAUGAGAGGCCAUGACUUUCAUGAAGGUGUUAGGGCAGUUUUAAUAGAUAAAGACCAGAGUCCGAAGUGGAAACCAGCUGAUCUAAAAGAAGUUACUGAUGAAGCUUUGAAUAAUCACUUCAAAUCUCUGGGAAGUAAUGAUUUGAAAUUUUGAAGAGACUGGAUUUUUAAAGUAUUAUUUUGGAGCAGAGUUGGCAAACUAUGGCACAUAGGCCAAAGCCAACCUGCUGCCUUUUUUUUUUUUUUUUUUUAUAUAUCCCUCAGCUAAGAAUGGUUUCUGCAUUUUUAAAUGGCUGGAGAAAGAAAUCAAAGACCAAUAUUGCAUGGCAUGUGAAAAUUACAUGAAAUUCAAAUAUCAUUGUCCAUAAAUAAAACUUUAUUGGAACAUG